CUUUAAACAUGUUUACUAUCCAAAUUGCUGUUAAAGUGUCAAGGAAUGUGAAAUUUAUGUUGACAUUUAUAUAUCUCAUAAUUUUAUUUCAAAAUUCUUUCUACAUAUAAGAACUAAUUUUGGUGACAGUGAAGGCGCAAGUGAAGGGUGCGAGUCUAGAUGAGAAGUGAAAUGUCACGAAUGCAGCAUAAAUCUGUAAAGUAAAGCUGGACCAAUGAGGCUGUUUAUACAUUAUUAUAAGUCGACCUGAAAAUAGGGAGGAUUAUCCCUGGUUAAUUUAAAACUCCGCUUCCCUUCCGCAAUGUUAAAGUUUAGCUCCUGUUAUAAACUCUUGCGCGUGAGUUUUAUCAUGAAAAGAAUAAUCAGCAUUCACAAGGAGAUGCGUGUGAGAUAAUAUAAGCUCUGACGCACUUAUAAAUUGCUUAUAAUACUCUCCUAACUUGAAAAGGCGCUUUAUUUUAGCUGGUGGAGCGGAAAAUAUUUGCAAAUUCCACGAGAGUCAUUCAUUUGCUUUCUACAAUUGUGUUACGACUAUUUGGAUUAUUUCAAUGCGCAGAAUUACGUGUCUGUGUGAAAACAGCGCUUUCAGUACGUUCAGUACAUUUAGUACAUUUCAGUAAAGACAUUUUUCCCAUCAAUAAACAGCAUAUUUCUCAAAAGUAUAAAGAAAAGGGGUUUAUAUUUUAGCACAAGAAAGUGUUAAAUUUAGCAAAUUUGAUCUUAUUGUCUUGGUCAAUUUCUCUAAAUACUGAAAAAUAAAUAAGCGCUUUGGGAAAAAGGAAAGACAAACAUUUUGAGAUUAUUUUUCGUAAUCGCAAUUUUUCUAAUGGAAACAAAUGAAAAUACAGAAAAUAUAGAAAGAGGAUCAAAUUAAUUAAUACAAAUAUUGUCAUCAACCUGAAAAUAUUCGCUUAAAAAAACUGAUUUCGAGAAAGGAAAAUUUUUUUGGAAUGGAAAUCAAUAAAAAUACAGAAGGAGGACCAAAUUAAUAGAAAUAUUGUCUUCGACAAGAAAAUUUUCGUUGAAAGAAUAAUUUCGAUAAGAAUAAUAAUAAUUUCGAUUCUACAAAGAAUUUUUGUUUGAGAAGAAAAGUGGAUUAAAGAUAUGGUAUUAGAAAGAGUGAUUAUUAAUACACAAUAUUUUGGAAAAUGACUGGAAAAAAUGAAAAGGAAAUACACCGGAAAGGAGAAAUAUCAUUUAAAUGAACCUUGAGCUAAACAUGUUUUUGAAAUCCAUCACUUCCGUUUUGUGAUCCUCGUUGGAUUUCCAGGAAAGUCACGCAAUCUUAGUUUAGUACCACGUUGCCAGGGUAUCGAGCCAAAUUUUCUGUCACGCUAUGUCGUCCAAUCUCAUAACUCCACCCACGAGAAUUAUGAAUUUUCAAAAAUGAAUCCGGAGGACAAUCGCAUGAGAUCUCAAAUUCCAAAAAAAUUUCCAAUGUGUUGCCAACUGUAAAAGGAUUGGAUACCAACUGCCAAAUGAGAUUCCAAUAAUUACGGAAGUGUUUUUAUCUGCGUGAAAGAAUUUGAUAUCAACUGUCAAGUGCGAGCUUUCUUCCAAGAGAAUGGUGACGAUCGUCCUCCAGGAUGACCUGGAGGAAUUUGCAGCAUUUGGAGCCCGAAGAGAAAUUCGAGUCAUUAGCACCAGGUCUCCUUGCAAAGGGUUUAUUUCUAAAUUUCAAUUUAGAUUACAACCUAAAGGAGGGAUCUCUUGGUGCAAAUGCCUUGAAGACUAUCAUCCAGCUCCAGUCUUCGUUGGAUAAAUUCAUGGACCUCGUCUUGUCUUCAUUGUUUGAUUAUCAAACUUUAGGAUCUUCGAGUUACCUGCCUUAGCUCUUCAUCAAUUCCGCCCCGGGAGUUGCUGAUUCGAAAAAAGUAAGUCGAGUAGGAGUGGGCGGAGGGGGCCAAGUCGGUCAAGGGGUACAACCGGUCGAAGAAUCCGGUACCGGUGGUCAAUGGUGGAGACAGCAACAUCCUUCGUAUCAUCAUUAUCAUCAACCUCAUCAUCACCACCACCAUCACCAUCAUCAUCAAGGCAAUUAUUAUACGUCCCAAUCGCAUUCUCACAACAAUCCAGUUGCCACUAUGAAGCAGUCUUACAUGCAGCUGACAUGGGUUUUUCACGAUGACGAGGCCCAAAUUAAUAAAAAACUGCCAAAGGAAUUACUUCUCAGAAUUUUGUCCUAUUUGGAUGUGGUAUCAUUGUGCCGAUGUGCCCAAGUGAGCAAGGCCUGGAAUGUAUUAGCUCUCGAUGGAUCUAACUGGCAAAGGAUUGAUCUGUUUGACUUUCAACGAGAUGUAGAGGGACCAGUUAUAGAAAAUAUUUCAAGAAGAUGUGGAGGAUUCUUACGGCAAUUAUCCUUAAGGGGGUGUCAAAGCAUUGGAAAUCUUUCCAUGCGAACAUUAGCUCAAUCGUGUCCUAAUAUUGAGGAAUUAAAUUUGAGCCAAUGUAAAAAGAUCUCUGACGCUACAUGUGGAGCACUUAGUAGUCAUUGUCCAAAGCUCCAACGACUGAAUCUGGAUUCUUGUCCAGAGAUAACGGAUAUCUCAUUAAAAGAUCUCUCGAAAGGUUGUCCACUUCUUACACACAUUAAUUUAUCAUGGUGUGAAUUGCUCACCGAUAAUGGGGUCGAGGCACUUGCCAGAGGCUGCCCGGAAUUACGUAGCUUUUUAAGCAAGGGCUGCCGACAACUCACCGACAGGGCAGUCAAAUGUUUAGCUCGCUAUUGUCCCAAUCUUGAGGCAAUUAAUCUUCACGAGUGCAGGAAUAUAACUGACGACGCUGUAAGGGAAUUAAGUGAGCGAUGUCCUCGUUUGCAUUACGUUUGUAUUUCAAACUGUACAAAUCUAACAGAUGCAUCCUUAGUCACAUUGGCACAACACUGUCCUCUUCUCAGUGUCUUGGAAUGUGUCGCUUGCAAUCAUUUUACUGAUGCAGGAUUCCAAGCACUUGCCAGAAACUGCAGGUUAUUAGAAAAGAUGGAUUUAGAAGAAUGCACCCUUAUUACGGACACAACACUUAUUCACUUGGCAAUGGGUUGUCCAAGGCUGGAGAAAUUGAGUUUAUCGCAUUGUGAGCUAAUAACUGACGAGGGAAUUCGGCAAUUGGCUCUAUCACCUUGUGCUGCGGAACAUCUCGCCGUCUUAGAAUUGGAUAACUGUCCACUAAUCACAGAUGCUAGCCUAGAUCAUCUUUUACAAGCUUGUCACAAUCUGGAACGUAUAGAGCUUUAUGACUGCCAAUUAAUCACUAGAAAUGGCAUACGCAGACUCAGGACCCACCUACCAAACAUCAAAGUCCACGCGUAUUUUGCUCCAGUGACACCGCCUCCGAGUGCUGGCGCCUCACGGCAACGAUAUUGUCGCUGUUGCGUUAUUCUGUGAUUUCCUUUAAAAAGAAAAAAUGAAAUUGAAUUGUAGUUGAAACACACAUUUGUCCUGAAUGACAAGGGGAAAAAAAAGGAAGCCACGGUUCCGCAAUCGUCGUUGGAUUGCAAGUCGCAGAAAACGUGCAAAAUUUUGUCAAACAAUACGAGACAUAUUUUGCUCACUGCCUCCCUAAAUAGUGAUUGCAGAUAUAUUUGUCAAAGAAUCAUCUAUUGCUAUAACUGCGAAUUUUGUGCAACGAGUAUACACAACAUACAGUCAUCGUUUAAGAUAAAUCAAGAGAAAAAAAAACACCAUCGAGGACGUCUUCUCACCAUCGCCACAAUUUGUAGCUAUUUUUUUUUAUUAUUAUCAUUAAUAAUAUUAAUACUAAAAUUAAUAUUAAUUAUUUUAAUUAAUAUUAAUUGAAUUAAUUAAAUAAUUAAUUAAUUAAUUAAUACUUUAAUACUUUAAUAACGUGGCGAUUAUUACGAACGUCUCUCGUCGCACAAUUUCAUAAAAUGUUUUUUUUUUGUCUUAAUUUUAUUAUAGCAAAGAAAAAGGAAAGAAAGACAAAUAAUGUAUUUUUACAGUAUUACGAUAAAAAAAUUUUUGUAAUCUGUCAAGUACAUUCUACUUUCUAUCUGCUACUGGUGGUUUCGUUAAAAUGCAUUUUAGUAUUUUUUGAUCUUUAUUAAUCAGAGGAUAGUCGAUUUGUUCUAUCCUGGACUGGAUUUUUAAAAUGUCCCAUUAAACGCUAUAGCGUCUCCUUCUAAUGUCCGGACUAAUUUCACGACUAAAAGAAAAUAAAAAAAAAAAAAAAUAAAAAAAUACGGACUUUGGAGAGUUCAGACUGACAAACGAAUCAAAGCGUUAACUCGAUUGACUUUA